AGCCGAGCUUAGAGAAGCGAGAUGUGCUUGAGUCAAGUGCAUUUCAGAGAUUAGAAAUUAUGGGGAAACUUCUGUUUUUUCUCGUUUUUCUUCUCUGUGUCAGCGGUACACUCCAAAAGAAAGGUAAAAGAAAUUCAAAUGAGAAGAAUAACAGCACAGGUCCUUUACUUCCUGUGCCCAGAAUAUUUAACGGACACAUUCAGACUCAGCUCCCUCCUGUAAAUGGGACAUUCGCUCCUAAUUCAGCUCUACCCCCUGUAGUACUGGAGUUACGAAGCAAUGGCACAGUAGGGUACCUCAACGGCACUCUGAGCACAAAGGUCAUCCCCAUUAUUUAUAUGUGUGUCAUCUCUGUUGGGAUCCCAGCCAACGUCGCCAUUCUGGGCACCUUGGCCACUAAAAUUCGGAAGGUGUCCUCGGCCAUCCUCUACUGCAGCCUGGCCGUCUCCGACCUCUUCCUCCUCAUCUCCCUCUUCUUCAAGGCUCACUAUCAUUUCCAUGGCAACAACUGGGUGCUGGGAGAGGCUGCCUGUCGAGUGGUCACGGCUUGUUUCUAUGGCAACCUCUACUGCUCGGCCCAGACGCUGGCAUGCAUCAGCAUCAAGCGCUACCUGGCUUUAGUGCACCCGUUCAUGUACAAAGGCCUUCCCAAGAGGAUGUGCACGGCUUGGGUCAGCUUGGUGGUAUGGGGGGUGUUUGGUGCCGCCAUUGUCCCCGAGCUCCUCGUCCAGCAGACCUAUCGGGUCUUUGAGCUGGGCACCACCACCUGCCAUGAUGUACUGCCUCUGGAUAAAAGCUCUCAUAACUUCCUGCUCUACUACAACCUUGUUCUAACCAUCUUUGGCCUCCUGGUGCCGCUGGUGGUCACUGUUGUGUGCUACGCUCGGAUCAUCUGUGAGCUCAACCACUCACACCUCGACUGGGCGAUAUACAUCAAAGCCAGCUCAUUGGUGUUUGUCAUCUUCCUGGUGUGUUUCACCCCCGCUGGACUCCUGCACUUCCUCCAUUACGUGCAAUUGUCUGUGAACAGAGUAGGGAGUUUAUACGUGUACUUCAAUGUGGCAGUGUGUCUGUGCUGCCUCCAUGCCUGCUUGGACCCCUUCCUCUUCCUCAUCAUGUCAAAGUCUGCAGGCUCCAGGGUUUACUUUAGGCCCUUUAAGGGAAAGUCUGUGAGCAUAUCGAUCUGAGACAGAUCUCUAUGUAAGUGUAAGAGUGAAGUUAUGUUUUAUGGGUCAAAAUGAUGUAAACAUAAGUUAAACCUGGGAUUACUGAAGUGUUAUUGAAUCAUUGUUCACUGUGUAUGUAUUGAAUUAUUGCCCAUCAGUUUUACUGCAUGUGAGUGUCAGCUACUUGGCGGCACUGUUGAGACUGCUGGGAGUAAUGUGAAGUUGAGGAGAGACAGGAGAAGAAGAGAUGGGAAAAAGAAAUGUAAAUAUUCUCUGUGGCUGGAAUCCAAAGAGAAAGCAAAGAGUUACUAAUGCAUUGAUUGUCAAUAAGCAGAGGACAGACAUGUUCUCUGCAGAUUGAAUCAAUAUUUUUAUAUAGAAAUACAGUUUUUCUUGCAUGCGAGAGAAAGAAUGAUUUCAACAUAUAUGUGAAUGUACAUAAAAGAUAAAAGGAAAGUAUAUUUAUUCUAAAAUAGUUUGUGAUUUUAAUGUAUAUAGUUUUGAAACUUUCUUCAGAGGCAAAUUGUCUUUGAUAUGAGUAUUGCUGACAACUGACUUUGGACUUCCUGUA